AUGAGCGCCCAAGCGGCACGGGGGCCCCCAACAGCGGUGCGAGGUCCCGGAGCGGAGACGAGAGGAAGGCCCUGGCUCCGGAGGCACAAAAACAACCUGGUUUCGGUUCAGACUUAUUUUCUAAACAGCGACGCAUUCCCCGGACCUCCCCCGCCCACAUCUGUCGGAACUCGGGUCAGACUCCCAGCGCUCACCGCCAAAGUCCCACGGAGGAGGAGCGGCCUGGCACGGCUCAGCCUCAGCGAGCCCUCUCUGUUCCCUCACAAAGACAGUGUGUCAUUAGAGGUUCUGUCUCAUGGUCCCAGUCUGCUCCAUAAACGUUCCACCAGCUCCUCCUCCUCUAACGCCCUCGUCACCCCCAACCCUCCUGCACGGCCCCCGGACCCCUCCAGACCCCUGUAUCUGCACUUCUCCCGCUGCCUCCAGCCCAGUGUGAGGCCCCGCGCCCAGAGGAGACACUCACACACAGCUGUGCAGGUGUCCCCUCGGCCUGAGCCUCUGUCUGUGGUGGGAAAGACCUGCGUCCCGGUGUCCAGCCCCCGCCCCGCUCCUGCCCCGCGACCCUCCAGAGCCCACAUCCACGUGUUUCUGCCCUCUGAGGCCGAGGUCGAGGACAGCGAGUCGGUGGACGAGGGCUUCAUGGACGAGCUGGACCUUAAGAUGAGUUCUCUCAGGCUGCAGCAGGGGGCGCCACACACUCUACCUCAGCUGCCUUGGGUCUGA